GGCUAUCCAAGCCCAACCUCAAUAUGUACUGAAUAUCUGGGUUUUUCCUAACACCGUAGUCUUGCACUUCUAACCCUUCGCUCUCAUCCGGCUCCCCCAAACCCUAGAAGGAACACGUAGAAGGGAAAACGCGAAAUGGCUCGGAUGAAGGUGCAUGAGUUGAGACAGAAGAACAAGGCGGAGCUUUUGGCGCAGUUGAAGGAUCUGAAGGCGGAGCUGGCGUUGCUUAGGGUCGCAAAGGCCACUGCUGGUGCCGCUAACAAGCUGUCGAAGAUUAAGGUGGUCAGACUCUCUAUAGCUCAGGUGCUGACCGUCAUUUCUCAGAAGCAGAAGGCAGCUCUCAGGGAAGCGUACAAGAAUAAGAAGUAUUUACCUCUUGAUCUCCGCCCCAAGAAGACCCGUGCUAUUCGCAGGCGGCUAACCAAACACCAGGCAUCUUUGAAGAGUGAAAGGGAGAAAAAGAAAGAGAUGUACUUCCCAAUGAGAAAAUAUGCAAUUAAAGUUUGAGUUGAUCUAUUAUCAAAAUUAGGUAUUAUCCCUGUUUAAUCUAGGAGGAUACUAUAUUUUGUUUUCGUAUGUUAGCUGAAAAUAGUUUUGAUUUUGAGAAACUAUUGAGAAACUAUUGAGUUUGGGUGUUAUUAUUUCUUAUUAUCUAAUGACUACUAGCUUACAACACUGAAGUUCUUUAA